AUGCGAUACGGCUUACCUUCAGCUAUCACGGCACUCGCGCUGUCCUUGACAACAAGCGCCGCCAGAACUUGCGGCAGCAGCAACGCCACAUCGACGUACUCGUGGCGAGUGAGCGACGCGAGGUACGACGGCGCACGCCCGAGAGACAGCGCCAGCCCCGCGACCAUCGCAGUCAGUAUAGUGCCGACCAACAGGACUUACGGGACGUUCUUCGAAUGUGUGGCAUCGUGGCCGGAGGCCUGGAAGGGAUGGCACGACGGCGGAGAUAGUAUUAUCUGGAGCGAAUGCAUCUGGGCCGGAAAUGGGUUCACCGACGACACCACCGUCUCCUUCGCCAUGGACUGGGCCAACCGGACGAUGGCCGAUGGCCUGGCGACAGGAAUACUCGCCCUUGACAUGAAUUGCGCGACGACCGAGGAGGGAAGUGAGGUAUGCGCACUGGUGGCCAGUGAUUCAAUGGGGUUCACUACAAAGGGAGGCCCGACUCCACAGGAGCCAGAUAAUGGUUGUCCAGAUAGUGUGGACAGUUAUCAAUCAUGGCAGCUGGAGCAGUGGCAGAGGCAGUACGAAUUGGCCCCGGGCUCGUCGUUGUCCGACCCACCGAAAGCCGACACGGGUCCGCGUUUUGUCUUGAGAAAUAUGAGAAACAGAGGAGCCGAUGCCUUCAACUGCACAACCUCCGGGGGAGUCGGAGACGAGAGGUUCACCGGCACCUGUGUAGCGGCCGAUGGGGCCUCGGCCAGCACGGCAGAGUUUAUCUUCGACAGGAAGCUCGACAUGCUCACAGUCACCCAACGCUGGCAGUGUGGCGAGGUCUCAUUCGAUGCGGUUGGU